CAGCCUGUGAGAUAGAAUCAGAUAAAGUCACCUGCUGUGAAAGGUUUGGGGGGGACUGUCUAUAAAAGGGAGAUGACGAGCAUGAUUUUCAAACAGGGAAGAGCUGGGGUUACUCUGGAACCUCUCUUGGCGAGCAGGAUGGAGAAGUCCAGGAAGAUCUUGGUGGGCGUCCUCCUGUUCGUCCUGUCCAUGGAAACCUGCUCGGCUCAGCACUGGUCGUACGGGCUGCAACCGGGAGGGAAAAGGAACGCGGAGAACCUGCUGGAAUCACUUCAAGAGAUCGCACGCGAAAUGGAAAAAUUAGGGGAAGUGCAGAAGAGCGAAUGCCCAGGCUCAACGCAGCAUUCCAGGCUGGGGGAGCUGAAGGAAGCCGUGGGAAGUCUGAUCGAAGGAGAAGCCAGACGGAAGAUUUAAACCCACAAAACCAAAUGGAACAAUGGACCAAGAAUACAACUUCAGAGCUACGUUAAAAUCAAUUCCUUUGUUUAGAUGGCAUUAUGUGAAUAACUGCUCUGAAGUCGCAUUUAAGUAGCAGAGGAUAAUUGUGUAGAUUAUUAGCUUGUAUGUAAAAGCGACAGGGACUUGGCAGCGCCGAGUCUGCUCUGUGUCCUGCAAUGAAAAACGCGGCUUAAAAGCUUUUGUUUCAGUUGUACAGACAACGCGUGGACAGAGGCACCGUCUGAUCUCAUUGCUCUCUGGAUAAAACUCGAUAUGACUUUGUUAAAACCACGAAUAAACUUACUGUUUGGGUGUCACUC